AUGGCAGCAGAUGCACAAGCGUCCACUCCUACCAAUUACCACUGUGUCAUUGAGAAGAAGGAGGAAGUGAGGACAGAAGCCCCUCAGACCCAGAUGAGGCCGUUGGUCCGAUUCCCUCCGCAGAGACAGAACAACAACAGCGAGGCGGCUCGGUGCAGUUAUUUAUUAGUCCAAAAUGUGAUGCUGGUGGUGGCCAUGCCUCAGAUCGCCUGCCACCUUGUUCCUCUGGACGGUCCAGGUUUGGACGGUCUGGACGGUCCAGGGAGGCCCUCAGUGGGUGUGCACCUCCCGGUGUAUUUAAGCGCGACCCUCUCACACGCUGAGCCUCAGUCUUCAGUCUCUUACGCAUCAUUUGGCAACAUGGACCCUGAAACGACAGCAGCCCUGGGCUCGGUGGAAAACCCGAUCAAAUUUCGGGGCCAGGACUUCAAAAGUCUCUUUGAAAAGUGUCUGCAGUCCGGUGAGCUGUUUUCUGACCCGACCUUUGAGGCCGAACAGGCGUCCAUCGGCAUGCCCCAAGACCCGGAUCCAAAGAAAGCAGUUGCGUGGAAACGACCGAAGGAAAUUAACAAGAACGCCGUGUUUGUGGAGGAGUCGACUGAGACCACUGACAUCUGCCAGGGCCAACUGGGUAACUGCUGGCUGCUGGCGGCCCUGUCCUGUCUGACCCAACACCCGCAGCUCUUCGUUAGGGUGGUGCCUCCCGACCAGAGCCUGGACAAGCCUUAUGCGGGGAUCUUUCGUUUUAGGUUCUGGCAGUAUGGUGAGUGGGUGGAGGUGGUGGUGGACGACAGGCUGCCAGUACGUGAAGGCCGUCUGCUCUUCGGCUAUUCUCGCACUUGCAACGAGUUUUGGAGCGCCCUGGUGGAGAAGGCCUAUGCCAAGUUAAUGGGAUCCUAUGGAAGCCUGAAGGGGGGCAAUAUAUCAGAGGGCAUGGAGGACUUCACGGGGGGGAUUGCAUACUCUCUCCCCGUCUCAUCUCACACGCCUAAUGUCCUGUGGAGGUCUCUGAAUGCGGCCCUGUCCAGGGGCAGCCUCCUCACCUGCUUCAUCCAGGCCAAGAGUUAUAAUGAGGUCGGUACGGUGACCGGAGACGGGCUGAUAAAGGGCCACGCCUACGCCAUCACGGACACCGACAAGGCCAGUGGGACACGGCUGACCGCUGUCGUUGUAAAGCAAGAGUCGAAGGAGAUAUUGCUUUACAGGCUGAGGAACCCCUGGGGAUUCCUCGAGUAUAAAGGGCCAUGGAGUGAUAAUGGUAAAGAGUGGGCCAGCUUGGACCAGUCAGAGAAGGAGAGGAUUGAGCUGAAAUCAAAAGACGACGGAGAGUUCUGGAUCAGCGCUGAUGACUUCAGUCGCCUCUUUGGUGUCGUGGAGCUCUGCAGCGUGAACCCUGAAACCCACGAGGAUGCGGGCACGUCGGCUGCCAGCUCGACCUGGACCAUCAGCGAGCACAAAGGAUCCUGGGUACCGGGAAGCACUUCUGGAGGCAGCCGCAGAUACAACAAAACAUUCUGGAAAAAUCCCCAGUUCCAGCUAGUACUCAACGAAAAGGACCAGGAUGAUCAGGAUGAUGAUGUUGAUGAGGAUGAUGACGAUGAUGAUGAUGAUGACUAUGAGGAUGGUGAUAGUGAGGGAGCUGCCCCAGUGAACAAGAAAGCUGAGAAAGAGAAGACGAAAGCCAAAAAAUGCACAGUGCUGGUGGAGCUGCUGCAGAAAAACCGCCGCCAGAGGGAUAAAAUCCACUUCCUCUACAUAGGGUUUCACAUUUACAAGGUUCCAUCUGAGUUGGAGGGAACAUGUCUGGAUCGCAGCUUCUUUUUGAAAAAUCGCCCAGUGGGGCGUUCUGGAAAAUACAGGGCUCAAAGAGCCGUGUGGAGGGUACUCCGUCUGGAUCCAGGUAACUACAUCAUUGUGGGAUCCAGCUACCGACCCAACCAGCCCGGAGAUUUCUUCAUUCGCAUUUUCUCCAAGACUAGAGACGCUUUGGGGACUCAGGACUUCAUCUGCUCUUCUAGUUACCUCACCGUUAUGGCCACUCCUGUCCCCCCUGAGGACCAAAUGAAAGUUCAGAAGACUUUUGACGACAAAGCUGGCUCAGAUGACAGGCUGGACGCCAAAGAGAUCCUGAAUCUGUUUAACUCAGUGCUUGACAAAGAUUACCAUCUGCCUCUGGAGACGUGCAGACAGAUCAUCUUUUCACAGGAUACUGAGCUCCGCUGCACGCUCAGCCGUGAGCAGGCAGAAAAACUGCUGUCCACUCUGCGUAAUUUGCAGUCCAUCUUUUUUAAGUUUGACGAGGAUUCUUCCGGGACCAUGAGCCCCUUUGAGCUCAGCAGAGCACUGGAAGCAGCUGGAAUGCAGUGUGAUAACAAAGUAGUUCAGCUCCUGUCUGAGCGCUUUGCAGCUGGACAACUUCACAUGUCCUUUCACCACUUUGUGACAUGUGUCACCAGGCUGCAGAAGCUUUUCGCUCUGUAUGAAUCAGAGAGCAGUCAAGAGGUGAAAGACAGAGGGAUCAAUUCUUGGCUGCUUCAGUUUCUGGCGGUGUGAAAUCGAUGAGCAUUUCCGAACGGGCCGAGAUGUUCCACGAGUGAUAUCACCGCAUUUGUUAAGAGAAUCUUAGUUUAAAUAUGCUCUUCUUUGCUUCAUUAUCAUUUCUUUCUUGCUUGAUUCUACAUGUCACAGAUGCGGAAAUGGGUUCUAUAAUGACAUAAACUAAAAUAUGGUAAAUGUUAGCAUUUUUUUUAUAGAUUCCAGGUUUGAUUCAGAUGGGGUUUUUACCCAUACAUCUACACAAUUUUGUAAAACUAUAUAACAAACUCAAGUUUAUGGAGAUUGUAAUAUGAAAAAUGUUAAACAUGAGACAACAUAUACCACUGACAGAGAAAACAUAUUAUUCUGACACAACUAAGGUAAUUAAUCAUUAGUAGUUGUGUCUGACUGAACUGAGAACAUGCAGAACACAUCAGUCUGAAUAAGUUGACGGUGGUGGUCUAUGUGAAAACUGUGCAUUGAAGCCCUUACUGCUGAACAUGGAAGAAGUUUGGAACCAUCACCGUAUUUGACUGUAAUGGUGGCAUCAACCGUCAUUACAGACAAACACAGUAAUUCCUUGAAGCGUCUCUCAGCUGCGCUGCUCUUCUCUGACACAGAGUGAGAGACCGAUCAAGAUAGAAAGAAUACUUUAGUCAUCCCCGAAGGGAAAUUUGGUAAAAAUGAAGAUGGAUGUCAAAAAAUAAAGAGCAAUCAUGGAUUAUGUGAUAUGUCUAUAUAUAUGUGAAAUGUUUUUAAUUGGUUGAUGGCUGUGCAAACAGCAAAGACAAAUAUAUGAACGGUAUAAAAAGAACUGCUUAGCUCCAAUCUACACUGUCCUCAGGUUUAAAAAAGGCUCCAUGAGGCUAAAAAAUGCAACAGUUUAGAAAAGCAUCAACAAUCCUGGCUUUGUCUGCAUUCUGCAACAGAUCAACAUAUAGUUUAUAUAUUAUGUUGUACAAUCUGAGUAAAGCUGGUCUGGAGGGGGGGAUACAGAUUUAUAGAUGGAGCUUUGUUUAUUGCAGCUUUUCUUAAACAGUCUUUGGGUGCCAAAAACAACGCAGGAGCCAGUUUUGUGCCGGAAAAUGAGAUUUCUUUUUGUACUGGUUUCCUUGUCAAAUGCCACAUUAAAAAGCCUUCUGACAC